AUGAUGGCAUCCGCCUUCACGCCUCGCGUUUCCUCCAAUCUUCUUUCUUGCGCCUCGGGGGGUAAAGCCUUCGUGCGCGGCAGGCAGGUUGCUGUCCAGCGUCUCGGCGGCAGGCAGCUGUCCCACGCAGGCCCCGCUGUCUGCGGCAGGAGACACCCCGCUCCCUCCCUCUCUUCCUUCCCCUCUGUCUCGUUCUCUCGCUCGCUCUCGCCUUUCUCGUUUUUCUCGUCAGGCGCUUCGUUCUCGCCUGCGUCUGCUCGUGUCGGAAAAGUGAGUUCCCGUACCUUUGCAACGGCGCAGGCGACAGGAUCGCUCGAGACGACAGAGAAGGAUGAGAAGGACGCAAGCGUCGCGACUCUCUUUCAGUUCACAGUUUGCCCGUAUUGCACCGCCACGCGCACAGUGUUCGACUUCUUCUCUCUUCCCUACGAAGCCGUCGAGGUACAUCCCUUCAGCAAGAAGGAACUCCUCGACGCUCGCCUAGACCAAAACUACAAGAAGGUUCCCAUCGCGCUGCUGGACGGGCAACAAGUCAAUGACUCUCGAGAGAUCAUUCGGCGGGUGUGUGAACUCUGCAAGUACACCCCGCGGGCGGCUGAGGGCGAGACAGCUGUCUCCGGAAAGUUGAGCGACCGGGAGCAGCGCGACAUCGAUUGGGCGUACACACAUCUCACGCCCAUUUUCCCAGCUUGUCUUUAUUCAACGCUUUUAUCCAGCUGGAAGGCCUUUAGUUCCAUUUCGGCCCUCAGCAACUUCUCGCCACUCGAAAGACUCAGCGUUCGCAUCGGUGGGCCGCUAGUGAUGUUUGCAGUUACCCGGAUGAAGAAGAAGAAGCUAGGCAUCACGGACCCAGCUCAGGCGCUGGAGAGCGCAUGCAGCGAAUGGAUGCAGCGCGUGCAAAACGCCGGCGGACAGUCGGGGCCUUUCCACGGGGGCCAGGAACCCGACAUGGCCGACGUCGUCGUCUACGGCCUGUGCCAGGCUCUCCGAUCCGCAGAGGCGCUGCAGGCAGUGCGGCAGAAGAACCCUGCGCUGGACAACUGCGCUCCCUACGGGGGGGGACGUGAUUUGUGGCUGCGGGUGCAUGCAGGCUUCUGA